GUUGAGCAUGUAUUUCCAGGUUGUUUAUUUUAAAACUUGUGAUAUUAAGUGAGCCAAGUGACUACGAUAAUAGACGAUGUGUUAUUAAUUACCAAUAGAUACAACCUAAAAUAUGGCAGAACUAUCCAGUAGUCGAAUAUUUACCGGUUCGAAAGUCCUAGGUUAUGUUAGUACACAUGUGCCCUUCGUUGCUAGAUUUAUCAAGAAGCGCGGUGAAACGCUGCUUUGCACAAGUGUUGGAAAGUGGUUCCAUACAUAUGGAUGUAAUAAAUUCCGUUUACUAAGUAUCAGCGGCCAACACCCGGGCCCAAUCACUUGUAUGAGCGGGGACAAUUUUCAUGUUUAUUCUGCGAGUAACAACAAUGUUUAUGCUUGGAGACGAGGCUGUGAACUCAAACAUGUGUACAAGGGCCACAAUGCGCCGAUUCAUUUAAUGCUCCCGUUCGGUAUACAUCUAAUAACAAUUGACAAACAGAAUCACCUGAAAGUGUUUGAUAUAAAAGAAGAAUCUAUUUAUCUAGAAUUGAAAUUUCAAGACGGUUUUACAGUAUCCACCAUUUGCCAUCCACCCACAUAUUUGAACAAGAUCUUGCUUGGCAGUAAGCAAGGGCCUUUGCAAUUGUGGAACCUGCAUACUUCAAAGCUUGUCUACACAUUCAAAGGAUGGAAGGCGCGCGUGCUGGUGUUAGAGCCCGCGCCGGCCGUUGAUGUUGUGGCAAUCGGACUGACAAACAGGAAAAUCAUCCUGCAUAACUUACGUCUUGACCAGACAGUUAUGGAUUUUGUUCAUGACUGGGGAGACAUUGCAACUCUAUCCUUCAGAAUGGAUGGAGUGCCUGUCAUGGUGACAGGAAGUACACUAGGUCAUAUUGUUGUAUGGGAUCUUGAGGAGAGGAGGGUAAUGUCAACAGUAACAUCUGCCCAUUCGAAGAUGGUGGCUGGCAUGCAGUGCUUAAUGUCUGAACCAUUGAUGGUAACAAACUCUGCUGAUAAUUCACUGAAGUUGUGGAUCUUUGACAUGCCUGAUGGUGGAGCUAGGCUCCUAAGAGUAAGAGCCGGCCAUUCACACCCACCUAACCUGGUUUGGCACUGUGAGCCCACUGGUGAGAACUUGCUAGCGGCCGGCAAUGACAGCACGCUCCACAUCAUGAACACAGUCACAGAGACCUUCAAUAAGAACAUGGGCAAGGCCACAUUUAAUAGAAAGUCAACCAAGAAUAAGAAAAGACUACAGAUAGAUACCAAGAUCAUGCCACCCGUAGUAAAACUCAGCUCAUGUAUGCAAAGAGACAAGCAAUGGGACAGUAUAGCAACCCUCCACCGUGGCAAAAGUGUGGUCACCACCUGGUCAUACAAUAAGAUUAGAAUGGGUGAAUACAAACUAUGGCUUCCAGAUAGACAAAGAGGAGUGGUAGCAACUUGUCUCACUGUGACACAGUGUGGUAAUUUUGUCAUCAUUGGAUAUGACAAUGGUCAGGUUCACAAGUUUAACAUGCAAUCUGGUAUUCACCGAGGACAUUAUGGCGAGGUUUUAGACAAAAAAAUAGCACACAACGGUGCCCUUAGGGGAGUGGAGACAGACCUGUGCAACCAGAGGGUAAUCACUGCAGGCGCGGAUGAGAAACUCAAGUUCUGGUAUUUUAAAUCAACAAAUACACCAUACCAUGUAAUGCAGCUGGAAGAAUCCGUCAGUUUCACAAAGUGCCACAGAGAAAGUGCUCUGCUGGCUCUGGCCAAUGAGGACUUCACAAUCACCCUUGUGGAUAUAGAUACUAUGAAUAUUGUGAGGCGAUUUGAGGGACACAAGGGUAAAAUUAAUGACAUCGGAUUUGAUUCUCAGAGCAGAUGGCUGUUCAGUGCGUCAAUGGACUGCACGCUGUGUACUUGGGACAUACCCAGUGGUCAUUUAGUGGACAUAUUUUCAUUGGAGCAGCCGGUCACAUGCCUGAGCAUGUCGCCAACCGGCGACUACUUGGCGACUACACACGUAGGUCAGCUGGGCGUGUUCCUGUGGGCGAAUAGGCUGCUGUACGAGAAGGUCUUCCUCAAGCCCAUCGACCGGGCAAACAUGGAAGUGCCUAAGAUCAAGCUACCCUCUACAGUACCUGAGAAACCUAGCAUAGAGGAUAUAGGCACAAUCGAUAUCGGAGAUGAGGCAGAAUACAUGUCACCUUCGCAAAUCAGCAGCGAGCUUAUCACGCUGUCUAGCCAGCCCACUUCCAAAUGGCUCAAUCUGCUACAUUUGGACGUUGUCAAGAAAAGAAACAAACCUAAGACGCCUUUGACGGUCCCUAAAUCAGCGCCGUUCUUCCUACCCACAGUCGCUAGUCUCGAUUUACAAUUCGACUUAGAAAGUGAAAAAGACAAUAAAGAAACCAAGCUAUUAAUACCCGAGUCUCUCUCGACACUGAGCGUGUUUGCUAAGAAGUUAGUGGAGUGCAAAAGUGAAGAGAACUUCGAGAAGUGCAUAGAGAAGUUGAAGUCGCUUUCGCCGGCCGCUAUCGAUUCCGAAGUUUCGUGUAUGUCGCCGGACGCGGGAGGUACUGUCGAGGUUUUGAAACAGUUUCUGGCCAUGUUGAAUGUUAUGUUGAGAAGUAACAGAGACUUCGAGCUAGCGCAGUCUUAUUUAAGUUUGUUCUUGAAAUCGCACACGAAAAUGAUUGCGCAAAAUGAGGAGCUACGUGUUGCAUUGCACGAAGUGGAGGAAGCGGCGACUCAAGCGUGGGCACGGCUGCAAAACAAUUUGCUCUACAAUAUUUGUGUAGUAAAGGCCUUAAAAGAUAUGUAGUAA